AUGACUCAAGGAAUCAUCUCCCCUGUCCCGGCCAGUGACGAGUACUAUAACCUCGGCUCGUUCGGCCACACCAUCACCACUACAAGCGCCGAUACCCAGACUUGGUUCAAUCGGGGUCUGGUAUGGGUGUACUCUUUCAAUCAUGUCGAAGGCUCCUACUGUUUUGAACAGGCCAUCGCGCACGAUCCUGCAUGCGCAAUGGCAUAUUGGGGCCUCGCCUAUUCAGUAGGCCCUAAUUACAAUAAGCCUUGGGACAAAUUUGAUCUGAGCGACCUCCACACCUCUGUCCAGCGCGGCUAUGAUGCCGCCCGAUCCGCAAAGAGGCAUGCAGUCAACGCUACUCCCCUCGAACAGGCGCUGAUUGACGCAAUUCAAUUCCGUUUCCCAACCAACCAGCCUGCCAAGGACUACCCAGCCCUCAACAAGGGCUAUGCCGAGGCCAUGAAGCCCGUAUAUAACACUUUCACGAACGACUUGGAUGUUGCCACUCUUUACGCUGAUGCAUUGAUGAAUAUGACACCCUGGGCCUUGUGGGAUUUGUUCACCCGCAAGCCCAAUCCAAAGGCUCCCACGAUGGAGGUCAAAGCCGUGCUAGAACGAGCAAUGGCACAGGAGUCAGAUGGUGCCAACCUUAAUCCUGGCCUCCUUCACCUUUAUAUUCACUUUAUUGAAAUGUCGCCUACUCCUGAGCUGGGGAUCAACGCUGCCGAUCACCUGCGUGAUCUCGUUCCUGACGCUGGUCACAUUCACCAUAUGCCGACACACCUGGACAUUCUCAUUGGUGAUUGGCGGCGCUCUAUCUCCUCAAACUAUAAGUCAACGCUGGCCGAUGAUAGGUAUUUCCGCAAAUCAGGCGCCAGAAACUUUUACACCUUUUACCGGCUACACGACUAUCACUCCUUGGUCUACGCCGCCAUGUUUGCCGGCAAAAAGAAGACUGCUCUUGACGCCGUCACUCGCAUGGAAAACACAGUCCCGGACGAAGUGCUUCGCAUUCAGUCUCCGCCUAUGGCUGACUGGUUAGAACAAUUUAUGUCCAUCCGUUUACAUGUUAUGGUACGCUUUGGCAUGUGGGAAGAGCUCAAACACAUGGCGCUGCCCCACGAUCUCGUUCUUUUCGCUGGUACUACUACCGUCACCCACUAUGCUAGAGGUAUAGCUUUCGCCGCUACAGGGGAUGUGGCUAAGGCCCAAGAGGAACAGGGCCACUUCAACCAAGCGUGGGGUCAAGUUCCCGAGACUCGUCGCGCCUACAACGGCAAGAUGGUCGACGUCCUCAAGGUAGCCUCUGCCAUGCUGGAAGGCGAAAUCGAAUACCGCUGUGCCAACUACGAUAAGGCCUUCGCGUCUCUCCGCCAGGCAAUCGAGCUAGAAGACAAGCUGCCUUAUAGCGAGCCUUGGUCAUGGAUGCAGCCUGUGCGCCAUGCAUAUGCUGCCCUGAUGAUGGAACAGGGCCAUCUCGAAGAAGCCGCUCAGACAUAUCGUGCAGACCUAGGGUUGGAUCAUUCUAUCAUUCGGCCACGUCGACACCCCAAUAAUGUCUGGUCCCUUCAAGGAUACCAUGAGUGUCUGGUUCGACUGGGACGGCCGGAUGAAGCGGCUGUCAUCGAGCAGCCUCUCAAGUUGGCCCUGGCUGUGGCAGAUGUCCCAGUCAUGUCGUCGUGCUUCUGCCGUUUGGAUACUUCCCACGCGCCGCAAGUCCUCAAUGAAUGUUCUUCCACUGGUACGGCCUCAAAUGGUGAGUGCUGCUAA